AGCAAGUGAUUUAUCAAGUAAAAGGUGAAUUGGUACAAUUUCAAUACAUUCUGCGUUCAAUUCGAAGUAGGAAAUUGCUAUCUUAUCGUGAAAAGCGUCGAAGUCCCAGCCGAUAUGAUAAGGGCGUGAAUCAGAUGAUAGGUACAAAUAAUUGAUAAACAACAGAAUUGUCCAGUAAAGUAUCGAACACCUGUACAAGAAACUGUACCAAUCGUUUAUUUGUUUACUUUCAAGAAAAAGAAAUACAAACAUCAACAUGUCUCACAACCCACCUUACGGACCACCACCUCCAUACUACACCGGCCAAGGGCACCCGCCACCUCCCCCUCCCGGAGGGUUCGCGUAUGUGCCAGCACCAGUAAUGAUGCCGGUCUACCAGCCUCCGCCGCCGCCACCACCACCAGAAGUCACCGCGCCACCAACCUACGUCACCAAUUACAUCUACCAGCAGCCGCCGCAACCACAGCCUGUUAUAGUCGAAGAAAUCACUAUACAACAACAACCAAGCAAUCCGUGGAGUAACGUAUUGUCGACUGCCGAAAAGGGAUUGGCGACAGUUGGCAAAGGGUUGGCCUUGCUUGAAACUGGUCUGCGCAAUAGGAAUUCUAAUAUCGAAUGGGUACCAGCUACAACAGGGGACGUUGGUUCUCUGUCCCACAAGGCUUUCGUAGCGGGCAGGGAAGCUUGGGACGGCAGUCCUCUGUGCGUGAUCAGGGCACACCACAGCGGAGAGUUCCUUCCUGGCAAGCUGGCCAUCAAACAUCGUGCGGCUUAUGUGCCUUAUGGAGGAAGAGAAGUUCCUGUUCAUAACUUUGAGGUUCUGUGUGUCCCGUCCCACGCAGUCCGUUGGCUACACAGCAGCAACGGCCAGGUUCCUGUGGGAGCCAUUGCAGCCGGCAACACCCACAGUGGUGAACCACUUUAUAUUGGACGUGUUCGCCACAUGCAGUCUUUGACACCUGGCAAAGUGCACCCCAGUCACGGAUGUUGCUACAUUUCAUUCGGUGGAUCUGAACAUACUCACAAGACUUACGAGGUGCUGUGCAGAAUUGUUGGUUAAUCCACCAAAGAACCAACUUACAAUUACUAUGAUAAUACUACCCAAUAAAAUCUAAAUAAUACUUAAUAUGUAUUGAGAAGUUAUACAAAUACGGUCAUCGUUAAUUAUGAAAAAGCCACUUUAUCAUUUUCAAAACUUUAUUUUCUAAAUGCUGAUAUUAUCAAAUGCUUUUUUGAUUUUGAUAAAUUUGAAAAUGACGUCAUACAAAACUCUAAUUGUACAAAUAUGUGCCUAACUGAAAACCCAAAUUAAUAAUCUUUAAGACACCAAUAAAAA